AUGCUUGCUAUAGAAACUGAAAGCUAUGUACUGUACUACUCCAUGUAUGGACAUGUUGAGAAACUAGCACAAGAAAUCAAGAAAGGCGCUGCUUCGGUAGAAGGCGUUGAUGGUUUUGUCUUUGGCUUCCCUAGAAGAUUCGGGAUUAUGCCUGCUCAAUUUAAGGCUUUCCUAGAUUCCACCGAAGGUCUAUGGAGGACACAACAGCUUGCAGGCAAGCAUGCCGAAAUCUUCUAUAGCACCGGUUCCCAGGGCGGCGGACAAGAGACAACAGCACUUACUGCUAUCACUCAGCUUGUGCAUCACGGAAUGAUAUUCGUUCCGAUCGGAUACACAUUUGGUGCCGGCAUAUUUGAGAUGGAGAACGUGAAAAGUGGAAGCCCAUACGGGGCCGAAACUUAUGCCGGUGAUGGCUCAAGGCAGCCAUCUCAGCUUGAGUUGGACCAAGCAUUCAACCAAGGAAAGUACCUUGCAUCCAUCACAAAGAAGCUCAAGAAUGAACAAGCUCUAUAAAAAAUCUUGGCUUAAUACUUAUACACAAUAUUAAUAAUAAUUAUUCAACUAGAUAACAAUAAUAGUUAUUUAUCUUGUCUUGAGUCUUUAUG